AUGCCUCCAAAAAGACAGAAACAUAAGGCUGUUUCUUCCAGCAAUGCCAAUGAACCAAGUCAAAAAAAUGUCAAAAAGCCACGAUUGAAUCCUAGGAAGCCUGCCGCACCUGUGGUAGAAGAGUCUCCCUCAUCGGAGUCAGAACCCGGCGUAACGCACAUUGCCAAAGAAUCCCCAGCAUCAGGACCAUCCGAACGCGCCGGAAAACGGGCUGGUGGUGCCAAUACUGUGAAUACGGAACGCGAAAAAGUUACCAAGCAAAACACAAAAAGUGUGCAAUCAGCUUCAAAAAAGUCGAAACAACGUGAAUCAAGGCCCGCUCUCGCCGCGAACGAUACGAAGACGGAGCCAAAGAACAAAAAGACCAUAGAUGAGACCCAGGGUGAAGAAGACGGCUCGAAAUCAUAUUGGCUUAUGAAAGCAGAACCGGAGUCGAGGAUGGAGAAGGGCGUCGAUGUCAAGUUCUCCAUCGAUGAUUUGCGCGAGGCGAGCGAGCCAGAAGCUUGGGAUGCACGAAAUAACAUGCGUGCCAUGAAAAAAGGAGAUUUGGCAUUCUUUUAUCAUUCCAACUGCAAGGUUCCCGGAAUAGCUGGAAUUAUGGAAAUUGUUCGGGAACACUCUGUCGACGAAUCCGCAUUCGAUCCCGCACACCCGUAUUACGAUCCAAAAUCCAGCCGUGAAAAUCCUAAGUGGGAGGUUGUCCACGUAGAGUUUAGACGCAAAUUUAAGGACCUUAUCACACUGGCUGAGCUCAAGUCAUUUGCAAAACCUGGCGGACCGCUCGAGAAUAUGCAGAUGAUGAAGCAAUCGCGGCUGAGCGUGUCGGUGGUUGGCGGCAAGGAGUGGGAGUUCAUCAUGGGCUUAGCCGGAGAGGAAUGA